AGGGCGAGGCUUCAGUCAGUAGCUUAAGUAGUGCGAAACGGAUCACUUAUCUCGUCAGUUAGUGUUUAUGAAUGGAUGAAACGGUCGAUUAUCUCGAGAUUUGUAAUAGGUAAUCAAAUAUGGAAGAUAACCAAGCGAUAAUAAUACGUCGGAAUUUAUCCGUUGAAGAUUUCCUUAUAGAAACUCUUGGUGAAAAACAAGUACCAUUAAUUACUGCAAUAUCAAUGACUAUGGUGUAUUCGAUUCUACUAGUAACUGGCGUUGUGGGUAACAUCUGCACGUGUGUAGUGAUAACACGCAACAAGUACAUGCACACAGCUACUAACUAUUAUUUAUUCAGUUUAGCCGUUUCUGAUCUUCUCCUACUCAUAUUGGGCAUACCACAGGAGAUACAUCAAUUGUGGCAAAGAUAUCCUUACGUUUUAGGUGAGGUGUUUUGCAUAUUUCGUGGCAUGACUUCGGAAACGUCCACUAAUGCUUCUAUUCUAACUAUCACUGCAUUCACUGUAGAGAGGUACAUGGCUAUAUGUCAUCCUCUAAAAGCGCAUACCAUGUCCAAAUUGACUAGAGCCAUUAAACUGAUAGUGGCCAUUUGGUGUUUGGGUGCUAUUUUUGCCAUUCCAGUAAUUGUACAGCUUGGCAUUGUCGUUCAGGUGGACGAUGGUGUAGCAUUGGAAGAAUCUGCAACCUGUUCUCUAAAGAAUCCUUUUGAUCAAGCUUUCGUGUUUUCUACGGUGUUCUUCUUUAUGUUGCCAAUGACCGUAAUUACUGUUUUAUAUAUAUUAAUUGCCAUACAAUUAAGACGUUCUUCGAUUAGCAAAAGGAACAAUUGUAUCAUUAAUGGUAAAGUUCAGCAGAAAGGACUCUGUAUUAAAAUCACCAGGCCAGAUAAAUCUCUAGGUAAAAAACUUCAAAGUUCUAGAAGGGCUGUUGUCAAAAUGUUAGGUGAGUUAUUUAUUUUAUUUCAGUUAUAUACAUGUAUUAUAUGUAUUAUGCACGUCAAUAGUUAUGAAAUUACUUCAGUAUACUUUUACAACCUGUAAAUUUGUAUUUUAAAAGUUAAAAAUUACGUAUAAAACAUUUAAUUAUUACGUGUAAUAUAUUAAAACAUUAAACUUUAUCUAACCCAAUUUAAU